AUGGGAGAUUUCAUUUCAACUAUCAUAUUAUCUCCAGAGAUACCGUCCGGCGACGCUCUAAGAAACAGAAUAGUAACGAUAGGCGUAGCAAAACCACUCCCUUGUAGUACAGUGGUCGGAGGGGAAAAAGCGAACGGACACAGCGUCCAGAAUAGCCAGAAAUUGGAGUACUUCACGAAGAUCCUUCGCUUGAUAAUGUCUCUACAUAGAGACAUAUUAGAGUUGCAGCUGCAACGCGCUCAGGACGUAGAGCCCGCGCCUGCAGACGCCGCCGCCGUUCCGGGUGCCGCCGAAGAUAAAGGCGGAGAUCACUAUGAAAUGACACAGCGACCGACUCAACUACGCGGUCACCGUCGAGAUACCGGACACUGCCAACUGCACCGACCGAGGUUCCAUCACAUGUAACGAGUUGAAGAUUUAACGCCAUUUGUUGGAAUCUCGUAUUUCUCAUUUUAAAUGCCUAUUUCACAUAUCGGGUUGGCACAAAAGUAAUGAGACACUUGGUUUAAGUUUUACUUUUUGAUUAUUAUUACAAUAAAAAAAGUUUUGUCAAUGAUGUAAUUACCAUUAGUAUCUAAGACUUCUUGCCAACGAUCCGGCAA